UUUCCUGUUUAUGUCAACCACACAACUUUAUACGUUCUCUGCCUUCUCUAUAUUUUACGUUCUCUUACAGUCGAUUAGCGUUGUCAAAAUCAGCUGUAUUAUAUUAAAAAUUUUAGUUCGUAUGUAAACAAAAAUUGUGCAAACAAAUGGAAGACAAGGGCAAUACAAAUAAGUCAGGUCCUUCCAAUUCGGCAUCAAAAAAGUCUGAUUCCUCCGAUGCAGCACUGGAUGAACCACUCUUUCCGAUAGCACCAGGAAAAACUCGUCCCAAUUAUGGUACCAACAAUACAUUAGAACUCUUGGAACGCAUUCCCACUGAAGUAGUAAAUCUAAAGUUGGAUGAUGUAUUGACUGCAGUAAAGGAUGUAGACAACUUAUGCGAUUAUCCGCGUUGCAAAACAAAAACAAAACUUAUGGGACAAGAUUGUGAGCUUUGCCGCAAACGAUUUUGUUUCAAACACGGACUACCGGAGGUGCAUGGCUGCGGUGAAGCUGCAAAGCGAGAAGAACGCGUCAAAUUCCUACAUCCGAAACCGGCUAAGACAGUGCGUGAAGAAGCUGAUCUUGCGCAGGCUAAGAAAAAGCUACAAGCCAAAUUGAAAGAUAUGCAAGUAGGGCGUAUGCAAAAAGUGAAUGGUGGUCCUCCCAUUGUAGUCAAAGGUGGUAAAGGUGGAGCUGGUGGAAGUGGUGCAGGUGACGGGAAGGGUGGCAAAAAGAAGAAAGGAAAAUAAAUAUAACAUACAAAUAUAAUGUAAAAUACGAAUAAUAUUUUUAAUAAGCAAACUCUAUAAAAAUUAAAUUCUAAUAAAAUUCUUGAUGAAAAUAUAAAGUAA